UACAAGCGCAUGAAUCGCGUUGAGAUUUUGACCAAAGCCAAGGACGCACGACAUAAACACAGAGUCUUGUCGCUGCAGGAAAGGAUUGUUUUGCCCUGCAGCGGUGUAGCUAGCUUUCUCGCUCCGACGCUCGGUUCAUUCAGCGGCGUGCCACCAGAGAGAGAGAGAGCUUCCGUUCACAGGAAUGAUUUGAAUCUCUUGCAAAUGCUCGAAGGUCUGAAGAAGCUUGGUGGCUCCUUGAGAAGAUGGCCUCCGCUCUCCCCCCGUUGGCCCCUCCUGGCGCCCUGCCUCUGUUGGCAAACCGCGGAUCGACAAUGACGGGUGAAAACACAGACUCGCUACCCCGGCCAACUGGUGAAGGUCGACCAGAGAGAAAGGCACGCCAUAUCAGGUCUGCAGCUCCUCGACUGGCCGCGCGGAACCCUCUGUCUGACCUGGGUCAGAGAUUUCACCGAGUAGUGCCAGCAAGCCGGAGUGGUGGCCUCACAGCGGGGACAGCUACAACUGGCCAGACAAGUGCAGCGUCAGGAAGUAGUACAACCCUUCCUUCGGCACACCGGCGAGAAUCAAGAUGGCGCAGCAGUCAACCAGCAGCUACAGGCAGCGGCGGUGCCAUUGGCCUGGCACGACCCCAGUCCAGCCAAGCCAGACCAAGCAGUGCAAUGAAAAGCUCAGGCAUGGAGCGCAGAAGAAGCAUCUCGGCACCCGGAGCCCUACACCAGGAUGAGGCUGAACCGUAUGAGCUGCCACGUAUCCGCAAGGAGAGAGUCAGCUCGGCCAUGCCUCGCUUAUCAACCGGGAGCACAUUUCGGCCAAACUCAUUGUCACUAUCGCGACCAACCUCUGCAUCAGGACGGUCCAGACCGUCACCCACAAGUACCAACCAGAUAUUUGAAACACUCCUGGAAGAAGACUUUGAUGAACUCAGUGAGGAAGCAUUCCUGGCUGAUAUGACAGAGGAGGAAUUCGAAGAAUGGAUCACAGCGCAGGAGAGGGGAGAUCGCGCGAAGAUUGCACAACUGCGCCGCCUUCUAAUUAUCAAGAAGCUCGGCAUCGACACACGUGACACCAUGCCUGACUGGAACUCCGGCGUGAUUGCGAUACCGGAUUUCCACUGCGAGCAUUGUAGGAAUCACUGGCUGCGACAUCACAAGCUACCCGACGAGUGCCCUGAAGAGCGGCGUAAGCGACUAUCUGCCGAGGCGGAGGAGCAACGUCGUAGGAGAGGCAGUGCAAGGCAUAAGCGCCGCUCAAAACGCUCAAACACAUUCGGAGACGAGAAUGAGUAUGAGUACGAAGAGUAUGUGGCAGAGGACGGUACUGUAAAGCGGAGGAGAAAGAAGCGCAGUGGCGGUGCAGGUCUUGACGGAGAAUAUGACGACGGCAGCGGUGGCUUGGGUGGUGCUAGUGGACAGCGACAUAACAGUGGUGGAGCUGGCAGUGGUGGUCGUGGCAGUAGCCUUGGACACAGCAUUGCCGAAGGUGAUGAAAGCGAUGGUGCUGGUGGCGGCAUAGGUGGUACCGGCAGAUCUAAGGGUACUCACAGCGGGAGAGACGGCAACCCUGACAACAUGCCUGGAUUGGACAGUGCAGCUCUGGGACAAGAUCAGUUCAUCGGAGCUGACGGCAAGCUCUACACAGCUGGAAAUGUUUCUGGUGACUUUCAAACGGACAACAUACCCGGAUAUGGACAAGGGCAAACCGGUAGCGGAGCAGGUCUCGGCUUGGACGGCAGCCUUGGUGGUCUGGGUAAUUCUGGAUCCCGAGCAGGCUCAGGCAGCCGUGACUCUAGCGCAGCUGGCCUUGGAUCAGACUUUGGACAGAAGCUAAGUCUUGGUGCAGGUGCUGGUUCGGGUAGUCGUGACGGCACUCGCGGAGGUCCUGCGGGAGCAGGGCGUGGCCAGUCUGGUGAUUGCAGUGGUCUCCAUGGUGAUGGACUCCAUGAUCCCUUCGGCAAAGGCGACAGAGGUGGGCUGAACUCCGGCUACGGCGAGGAGGGAGACACAGACUCGGACAGCAGCGUUUCCACUGCCGUCGGAACUGGGAGCCGACGACGUUACGGACGAAACCGUGGAAACACCAAUGAUGUGCCUGCAGGGGCAUGCCAAGACGGCGUGCAACAUGGACGGAGGAGUCGGCGAGGAAGUGUCAUUGGUGAUACCGCCCAGAAGGACGGGGUCAGCGGCGAUGGAGUAAAUGAUUCCAAGGCCAACUGCGGAUUCCUGGACGAAGAUGAAGAUGGAAGAUAUGGUGGGAAGGGUGGUCAGUUUGGCAAGCGGUUUCACCAACGCACGCCGAGCAAAUCAGGGGAGGGAAAGGGGCGCCAAGAACCGGAGUACCUGUCACGCGACCUGCAACUGGAGAACAUCCGCAGCCUAUUCUCCAAGGCCUGGUCCUUCUCCUACUUUCCGGGGAAAGUGGACGUGGAUGACAGCGGAGAUGAGUCAUGAGUAUUACUCAUUGCUGCAGACUAGCAGGGUAUGGGCCGGUGUGUGUAAACAUCUCCCUGCCUGCUGCUUGCUUGCUGGCUGGGUAUGGAUGUGCAGACACCUGUCUGCUUGCUAAACUUGGUAUGGGUGGACGGACACCUGCCUGCUGAUUGGGUAUGAGGAUAUGUCUGGCAUGUCCUCAUAUCCAGCUUUCUCGUCUAUGUCAAUCUAUGUUUAUUGACACGGGUCGAGACACACACGAACGCUGCUGAUAUCCGGAGCACAGCAGACCAGGCCAGCCGGCAGCGUAAAAUGUCCAAUAGACCUGGCUCGUCUAGUUCCUGUUCGCAACACUAUGCCGGUCUGUUACUUGAAGUACUCGUGUAUCACAACACCUUACAAGUUAAUUAUGAAGUCACCAAUGCAGGCAAGGUUGACUAUGUACAUGUUCACAAUUCCAGUCUGUUAUAUGACCGUAUUGCCAUCAGGGAACGAUGAUGCAAGCUACAGCGAACGGCCUGGAGAUACCUAGUGCAAGAGUAGGCCUGUUUGAUUUUCGCUAGCUUCAGUAAAAAAAUCUGUGUACAUGACGUGCAUGUCCGUAGGCUGUUCUAAAGUGCCGACGUGGCUGUCAUUGUGAUAGAACAGCAAAUUCAAAGUAGAACAUUUUCAAUAUGAAACUUGAUGCUGCACCCACUGUGUUAGUUUUGGUUCUGAAUGUAGCUUCAUUACCACUUGCUGCUUUUCUGCCCUCCAGCUCUGUGGGAUAUUCCCUUCCCCUCGAUCCUCCCCAUAAGGCUAUUACUAGCCCGAUAAUGUAUUUUUAAAUAAAU